AUGACGCAUGGACCUCUACAUUAUGAUAGCGAACGAUUAAGCUCUCUUUUGUACAACCCAAUUGAUAAUUCGUCUGUCUCUAAUCAGUUUUUCUUUAAUGAGUUAGAUCCAGAUCAACAGUUUACUUUUUCUCCUCCUCCUAGUAAUUAUUAUACUGAGGAUGAAAUUAAUGCUAAGCUAACUAAUAGUUCAAAUUCUCCUUGUUUCUCUGUAUUUCAUAUUAAUACACGAAGCCUAAUCGGUCAUUUAGAUAAAUUUAAAUUCCUGCUUAGUCAUUUGCAAAAUCCAUUUUCUGCCAUAUGCGUAUCGGAAACCUGGCUAACUGAGCUUACGUCGGACCAGGUGGAAAUACCUGGAUAUAAAUUUAUUUCGAACCACCGCGAUAGCAAGUCCGCCGGUGGAGCAGGUCUUUAUUUACUUGACGAUUUAGAAUACAAAUUAUGCCGCGAUUGUAAUUAUUCUGAACCUGAAGUGAUCGAAACUCUUUUGUUGAAAUUAACAUUCCCAAUGGGAAAAAUAUUAUAGUUGGUACUGUUUAUCGUCCGCCUAAUUAUAACACUCGGGACUUUUUGGACAAAUUUAAUGAGAUUCUUGCUAAAAUAACUAGAAAUGACAAAUAUUGUUAUUUGGGUGGAGACUACAAUAUAGAUCUGUUUGGUCCUCCACUUAUGUAACAAACCUUAAUAGAAUUUUUCUUCUACAAAAGCGAGCAGUACGAAUUAUUACAAAUGCAGAUUUUCGCGCGCACUCUGAACCAUUAUUUUUCCGUUUAAAGAUUUUGGACAUAUACAACAUUAAUUCAUUCUAUACUGCACAAUUUAUGUUUUCAUAUUAUCAUCAAUUACUGCCACCGCUUUUUUCGAACCUUUUUGUUACUAGUAGCAAUAUUCAUAAUUAUAAUACUAGAAGUUCCUCGCAUUUCCGUUCUCAUGCCUGCCGAACUAACACCAAACAAUUUUCUAUUUUGUUCCAAGGCCCUAAAAUUUGGAAUUCUUUACCAAACUCAGUCACUUCGAUUUUUACAUUGCAAUCGUUUAAAACGAAAGUUUUUGAUUUUCUACUAUAUCGAUAAUGCGUCUUGUACUGUCCGUUGUUGUGUGUUGUUAUAG